AUGCCUGCUACUACCAAUAAGCCAGCCGCCUCCAAGAAGCGAAAGAGCUCAAAGGAAAACAGUGUUCCGUCCUCAAAACGUCGUGCCGUCGCAGAAAUUGAGAGCGCAGAGUCGAUGGUGAAGAUACAGCAACUGGAAGACCAAAUAUCGGAGUCCAGGAAACACUACAAUAAUAUCGUGACGCUUAUAUCCAUGCUCAGUGAUGGCGAAUCAAAGUCGAAUCCGGAUUUGGCCGUGGCAGUCUCGCUUUGUCGAGUUUUCAGCAGAUUGAUUGCUGGUGGAAAUUUGACAGAGCCGGAACGCGCCGCAGAGAAUGAAAAGAUCGUUGUGGCAUGGCUCAAGGAACGCUGCCGGGAGUAUCAGAGACUGCUGGAUUCCAUUAUGCGCAAGGGUGAUGCUUCAUCACAGAUUACUGCCUUGACCCUAGCUAUGCGCAUCCUCAACGAACGUGCUACCCAUAUCCCCGGUGAUGAUACCCAGGCCUGGACGUCGGGUAUAUUCCGCAACAUUUUUGAAGCUGUGAUUGAGGCUAGAGACGGGCAGGCCUUACGGUCAGAAUUCCUCGAAAAGUUUUUGAAGGUGUACGAAGAUGUCAAGUACUAUACAUUCAUGCAAGUUGCUGAAUAUGCAGCUACGGCAAGGAGCACCGAGAUCCUCGAAAUCCUAGUCACAAUCCUGUCAACAUGCGACAACGUUCCCGGGCCGGAUUACAAGUUCCUGUCCUUCUACAGUAAGGCUAGCAAAGAAAACAAGAAGAUCGUCUCAAUCAACUCUUAUAAGAAACGCGCUCAAGACGCCUGGCUAGCCGUCCUUCGAAACAAUCUCUCCCAACCUCUACGCAAAACCCUCCUCCGCAUCAUGGUUCACCACGUUGAGCCGUGGUUCAAUCGCCCAGAACUCCUUAUGGAUUUUCUCACAGAUUCCUACAAUGUCGGCGGUGCCACGUCACUCCUAGCCCUCUCCGGUCUCUUCUACCUGAUCCAAGAAAAGAACCUAGACUACCCGCAAUUUUACCCAAAACUAUACUCUCUCCUCGACGCCGAGCUCCUCCACUCAAAGCAUCGAUCACGCUUCUUCCGUCUCCUAAACACUUUCCUCGCCUCAACCCAUCUUCCCGCAACCCUUGUCGCAAGCUUUAUUAAACGCCUCUCCCGACUGUCCCUCAACGCACCCCCGGCUGCCAUCGUCGCCAUCGUCCCAUUCAUGUAUAACCUCUUCAAAAGCCACCCCACCUGCACGUUCAUGCUCCAUCGCGCUAUCCGCGACAAGGAACUGCAAGCCGAAAUAGAGGCAGAAGGUAUGGAGGACCCAUUCGACCCGGGGGAGUCGGACCCAGACCGCACCGGCGCGAUCGACAGUUGUUUAUGGGAAAUCGAGACCCUCCAGUCCCACUAUCAUCCAAACGUGGCAUCCAUAGCCCGCAUUAUAUCCGAACAGUUCACGAAGCAUAGUUAUACCCUGGAAGAUUUCCUGGAUUAUACCUACCAAGGCAUGGUACAGGCGGAGUUAGGGACGGGAGAAAAACCGCUGAAAAAGAUUCCUGUCGUGGAAUACCAAAUACCGAAACGGAUAUUCACUGAU